AUCCUCAACAAGUACGACUCGUGGAUCUCCUUCCUGAGCAGCGUGCGGUACUGGAUGGCCUUCAACGUGGAGCGGGCGUGCCAGUCGUACUUUGGCUGCGUUCAGUGCAUCAGUGGCCCGUUGGGGAUGUACAGGAACUCCCUGCUACAGCGCUUCCUGGAGCCGUGGUACCAUCAGACCUUCCUGGGCUCCAAGUGCAGCUUUGGUGACGACCGCCACCUGACCAACCGGGUGCUCAGCUUCGGCUACAAGACCAAGUUCACGGCGCGGUCCCAGUGCCGGACCGAGACCCCCACCCAGUACCUGCGCUGGCUCAACCAGCAGACCCGCUGGAGCAAGUCCUACUUCCGCGAGUGGCUCUACAACGCGUUGUGGUUCCACAAACACAGCCUGUGGAUGACCUACGAGUCCGUGGUCACCGGCUUCUUCCCCUUCUUCCUGGUGGCCACGGUCAUCCACCUGUUCUACCGCGGGCGCCUGUGGAACAUCCUGCUGUUCCUGCUGACGGUGCAGCUGGUGGCCAUGGUGAAGGCCACCUACGCCUGCUUCCUGCGGGGCAGCCUGGUCAUGAUCUUCAUGUCGCUCUACUCGCUGCUCUACAUGUCCAGCCUGCUGCCCGCCAAGAUCUUCGCCCUGCUCACCAUCAACAAGGCCGGCUGGGGCACCUCGGGCCGCAGGACCAUCGUGGUCAACCUCAUCGGCGCCGUGCCGGUCACGGCGUGGGCUCUGGUGCUGCUGGGGGGCGUGGCCUAUACCAUCUACUGUGAAACUCAGGAGCCCUUCAGCGACACGGAGAAGGCGCUGCUGAUAGCUGGGACCGUGCUUUAUGGCUGCUACUGGCUGGUCCUGCUGGUUCUGUACCUGGCCAUCGUGGCCAAACGCUGCAACAAGAGGGAGGAGCAGUACCACCUGCCGUACGCCGAGGCGUGACGCCGCCACGACGCCGCGCUGCCAUUCUGACACUAACUACAGCCAAGAGCUGGACCUUCUUCAUCGGUGCUACGAAGGUCUGACGGCUGAGGGGAUCCAGACAGGGGCUGUCCAGAACCAAGACUUGAGUCGGGCAGAGCUGAGACCUGAACAGACGGGCUAAGGUCAGGACCCCUGGGAGCACCUGUCCAGCCUCAGAGCUGGCUGCAGACGAGCUGUCGGCUCAGAGCUGAAGCAGGCGCUGGACUCAGGCGUCACCUCUGUUUUUAGAAAGAUAAGAAAGACUUCAGAUAACCGAACGGACUGAAGGUCUUAUUUGGUCCGAGCUGACGGCCUGUUCUGGAUCAGCUAAGACCUGGACCCUGUCUGUGAAGCAGCCCAAGUCUUUCCUCUGACAGUGCUGUCCACAGAACCCAGACACAGAAAACACCAAAGCACAAACUCCUCCUGUGGAGACGGGACAGGAAGGUUCUCCAAAUCCACCUGGAUCCAGAAGCACUGGGGCCGGUUCGAGACUGAAAAGUCCUGGCAGCUUGGAAGGAAACACAGUGGACCGGACUGGACCUGAUGGUUCUGACAGGACUGGGUUUUCAGAGGUUUGGAGCCCCCUAGUGGUGAACAAUCAUCAACAUCAGCAGCAGCACAAUCAUCUGCUCCGAGCAGAACCAAACAACCUUCAGAACAUGCAGCUGUACGUUUGCUGGGUCCAGUUCUGGUCCAGAACCAGUCCCAGCUGAGCUUCAGAGAUUAAAAUCAACAAGGUGCCAAAAUGACCAAGUGAAACCCUGAAGUUUUCCUCUGAACGUUUGUUUUUACACGAGUGAUUUUCAUGUUUCUGUGGCUCUACACAGUGAAGAGCUUCAGCAUGUCUGCAGGGUUGUGAGUCCAGUCUGUUUGUUUGUCACAUUAAACCGGACCAUGUUUGGAACAUUAAACCGGGCCAUGUUUGGAACAUUAAACCGGGCCAUGUUUGGAACAUUAAACCGGGCCAUGUUUGGAACAUUAAACCGGGCCAUGUUUGGAACUGGACCCUCUUUUCCUCAGUUUCCAUCUGGGUGCAAACGAGGAAUUUUCCGAGUUGUUCUGAAUUCUUUCAGUUUAAAACAAUCGGACCAUUCAAAGCACAGUUUUAAAUAAGUGCAGGAAGUAUUUCCUUCACCAGCAUGGUUCUGCUGGUUCUGUUGGACCUUCACUGAAAGACAAACGGGUCUACAGCAGGACUGGAGGGUUGGUGAUCUGACAGGUUAUUAUUUCUAAAUUCAGUUCAGUUUGUUUCUGUGGCUCCAAAUCCCAACAAACAUGGUGUCAGAGCUCUGAACACACAAACAAUCAAAGGUUGUGUUACAUCAACACAAAUAAAGAUUAAAGCUGCU